AGCAAUUAAGCAAAGUAUUUCCUUAUGUAAUUUGGAAUUUAAAAUUAAAAUCAGCAGUUGAAAGAAAUAUUAACUCACAACAAAAAAAAAUCAUUUCAGCAUAUUAUUUUUAUCAACUGCAAUUCAAAACUUAUCAAUGAUUUAUGAGGAAUAAAUGUAUUUAAUUUCAGAAUGUUUCAAAUACCGGAUUAUACCAUUAAUGUAUCAUUCAGACUCUGUGAAGUUUUUGAUGAAAUUGGAGUGAAUCCAAGAAUCCUGCAGAAGAGAAGAACAUCUUGGCUACUGAAGGAGUCAAUUCACAUGUUAACAAACCAGCUUGAGGAUGAUAACAGUUCUGUAUAUUACUUUGGAAGUCAAACAGAAAGUACAACUACAAUAGGUCUUGAUUCUGACUGUGAAUGUCUGCUUACUUUUAAUGACUUCAAUGUGAUACAAGACCAGAGAGACAGGGAACAUGGUUAUAAAAAUCUGUUGAUGAUCCAAGAUGAGAAUGUAUCACCUGGCUACUGUUUGUUACAACACCUGGGAGAUGGUGUCCUUCAUCCACAUGAUGAACUAAAUGAAUAUCAUUUCAGAGAUAAAAUGGGAAGGAUGGUUCUAAAAAAUACAGUAUUUACUGGUGCUGCUGGGACCGGGGCAAUACGACAUGGUCGAGCUUAUUCUGAACAUGGAAGACCUGGUAUCUAUAAUACUGAUCUGGUAUAUGCCUUGCCCUGUAGGUCUUGGCCUAUACAAGCCACUAACUGGUUGGGCCCUUACAAGACUAGGCAGUGGCCUUCAGAUGCGAUGCAGAAAUACUGUAGCAGCACUGGAUGUUUUGCUGUUGCUGUUGGAAGCAAUAACAGUGAAAAAGAGGAGUUUGAAUGGAGAAUUUCUACCUCCUUGGCAGAGAGGAGUUUAAUUUUCAGUCUUAACAUUUCACAGAUCCGCUGCUAUAUCUUGAUGAAAAUGAUUCUAAAAACCUUUAUCUGUCCAAAGACGAAUGAUGUAAUUUCAAGUUUUAUGUGUAAAACAGUACUGCUACAUUGUAUUGCGAAUACACAUGCUAAUACCUGGAGGGAGCACAAUUUGCUUUCAUGCCUAACUUUUUGUCUAUCGUCACUGUACUACUGCGUUUUAAAUGAAAACUGUCCACAUUUCAUCAUCCCUGAAAACAACUUAAUGGCUGGAAAACUUUCAGCUGAAAGUAAAUCUUUCAUAGUCAGAGUAUUGCUAGAGUUAGUAAAUAGUAAUGGAAGAGCCAUGCUGCAGAUACACUGUGACAGGCUUGGUUUCAUACUUCAAAAUAAAUUCAGUGUUGUAACUGUAAGUGGAGAGCCGAAAAACUUUUUAUCCAAACAAAUUUCGGGACAGUUAUCAAAAGAAGUUGCUUUGCAUAUCAAUGAUGGUGUUAAGGAUUUACUUUCACAAAUAAAUGGAAGUGAUGAUAUGCAGGCAGUAUCGCAGAUCAUAUCAAAGUAAUUAUUCAAAUCAGUAAGCAUGUAUACUGCAAGUCAAGGGCUACAAAAAAUAGCAUGUAGUCUAAUUGCGCCAUGGCUAUAUACAACACUAGGAUCUGUCCUAGCAUCUUUUGAUAUUUCUUGUCACAACAAUUUAUCAUCUCAAGCUCUAACGCAGCUGUUGUUCGGAUUAAAAUCUGACGCUUCAUCCAGUAAACUGAAACUUGCAUCUAUUUUUUACUGUUUUGGUGAUAUUCAUAGAAUGGACAGGAUUCUGAGAUACACUGAAGCUUGCUAUGAUGUCAAUGUUGUUGAGCCAGUUUGUACCUGCUACUCUGUUAUCAACCAAGCUCGGAAAAAAACAUUUAACACUUUAUCUUUUCAUCAAAAUCACAAAGUAAUAAAUCACAUGACUGCAUCUUGUGUGAAAUUUCUACCAUUUGAAAUAAACUGUUGUCCAAACGAACUCCGGCAUGAAAUGUUUAGAUGUACAGCAGAAGACAAAUUAGACAGAGGUUAUCAUGACUACUGGAUGGAUUGGGCUGUGGUGGAUUCUCUACCUUACCUCUACUUCCUAAAAUACAAGGCCUAUGAUCAUCUCAGAAAACACGAAGACAAACAAACAGCCCUUUCUAACCUAGUUAAGACCAUUGAUAAGGAACCAAACCUUAGACACAGAGAAACAGCACUAAACCUACUUGGACAGUGUAUGGAACAAGAGAACAGAAUGACAGAUGCUCUAUGUUGCUAUACAUCAUCUUUACAGAUAAAAAGCAGAAACAAUGCUGCCAGAUUGCACAUCAGCAGACUUGUGAACACGAUGAUAUAUGAUUCUUAAGUAAUAUUUAUUCACUGACAUAGCUAUGCUGAAGCAGGAGUCUCGGUGUGUUUACAAGCUUUACAGGAAACAUGCCCCAGAUUCUCUGCUUCAGUGUGUUUCGACUUCUGUCUAUGUCCCUGCAAAAAGAGGCUACAACAGUUCAAAUUGUGUGAUGAAAAUCCAUUUACAGAUUCUGGAAGAAUCUCAUUUAAAAACUGAUUAUAUGUCUAUAAUUCAAGCUCAAUGUUUGUUCAGAGAAGCAAAUCACUUAAAAGUAAAUUGAGAAAAGCUCAUGCAGGGAUGCUGCAGCUCAAGUUUUGUGAAAUUCUGGUUAGCAGUUCCAAAUUUAAAGACAAAACCCAAAGUUAUCCACUAAAUUGCAUUUAGAAAAUCAGGGAAAGCAGUGUUGUUCUGUCAAUGUGUUAUCAGGAAAAACAGUGUCAUUCUGUCAAUGUGUUAUCAGGAAAAACAGUGUUAUUCUGUCAAUGUGUUAUCAGGCAAAACAGUGUCAUUCUGUCAAUGUGUUAUCAGGAAAAGCAGUGUCAUUCUGUCAAUGUGUUAUCAGGGAAAACAGUGCAAUUCUGCCAAUGUGUUAUCAGGGAAAACAGUGUCAUUCAGUCAAUGUGUUAUCAGGGAAAACAGUGCAAUUCUGUCACUGUGUUAUCAGAAAUAUGUCAUUGUUUUUCAACUUUACUUUGAAGAAUGCUAAGUUAUGUUUACAUUAUUUUUUCUAUGUUAGCUGUUUAAAAUACUUUUCCUCUUACAUUAAUUUUAUAAUACAACAUGAUGAUCUCCCAGAAACAUACUGUGUUUGGUUCUAUCAGUGAAGAUACUGUAUUUACAGUUUCAGUUAUUUUAACUUUUAUUACUACAGAUAUCAAUGUUUUUUUCCAAUGGUAUGAGCAGCUUAUAUUUCAUUGCAAUAAAUUUCACUGCUCUAAAAAAACCUACCAACAUUGAUUUAUCUGAAAAUGAACUCCACUUUCAGCCAAAAAGUUCUGUUAAAUUCAACACUUAUGAUAGGUAACACUAAUAAAAUAAUUUGUUUUAACUCCAGUAUAGUCAUUUUUCUUCAGCCUUAAAUUUCAAAAUUUUAUUACCAGUUCCAUGUUUUAAUGUCAAACUAUUAAAAAAUGGUUCAGUAUAAA